GAAACCAUAUAACUUCAAAAGAAGAUCUGAGCCCUCAUUUCUGGGUUGCGUACAUAUCUCAAGGCCUUCAGGAUGUCCGGAGCCUCGGUGAAGGUGGCUGUCCGGGUGCGGCCCUUCAAUUCCCGGGAGACCAGCAAGGAGUCCAAGUGCAUCAUUCAGAUGCAGGGCAGCUCGACCAGUAUUAUUAACCCAAAGAACCCAAAGGAAGCACCAAAGUCCUUCAGCUUCGACUACUCCUACUGGUCUCACACCUCGCCUGAAGAUCCCUGCUUUGCAUCUCAAAACCGUGUGUACAAUGACAUUGGGAAGGAAAUGCUACUACAUGCCUUUGAGGGCUAUAACGUCUGUAUUUUUGCCUACGGGCAGACUGGUGCUGGGAAAUCUUACACAAUGAUGGGUAAACAGGAAGAAAGCCAGGCUGGCAUCAUUCCACAGUUGUGUGAAGAGCUCUUUGAGAAGAUCAGUGACAACUGUAAUGAAGAGAUGUCUUACUCUGUAGAGGUGAGCUACAUGGAAAUUUACUGUGAGAGAGUGCGAGAUUUGCUGAACCCCAAAAACAAGGGUAACUUACGUGUACGUGAACACCCACUUCUUGGACCCUAUGUGGAAGACUUGUCGAAGCUGGCAGUCACUUCUUACACUGACAUUGCUGACCUCAUGGACGCUGGGAACAAAGCCAGGACAGUGGCAGCUACCAACAUGAAUGAGACAAGUAGCCGUUCCCAUGCUGUGUUUACCAUUGUCUUCACCCAGAAGAAACAUGACUCAGAGACGAACCUCUCCACGGAGAAGGUCAGUAAAAUCAGCUUGGUGGAUCUAGCAGGAAGUGAACGUGCUGAUUCAACUGGUGCCAAAGGAACUCGAUUAAAGGAAGGAGCAAACAUUAAUAAGUCCCUUACAACUCUGGGCAAAGUCAUUUCAGCCUUGGCAGAAGUGGAUAACUGCACCAGCAAGAGUAAGAAGAAGAAGAAAACUGAUUUCAUUCCUUACAGGGAUUCUGUACUUACUUGGCUUCUUCGAGAAAAUCUAGGUGGCAAUUCUCGGACUGCAAUGGUUGCUGCUCUGAGCCCAGCAGAUAUCAACUAUGAUGAAACUCUGAGCACUCUGAGAUAUGCUGAUCGUGCAAAACAGAUUAAAUGUAAUGCUGUCAUCAAUGAGGACCCCAAUGCCAAACUGGUUCGUGAGUUAAAGGAGGAAGUGACUCGGCUGAAGGACCUUCUUCGUGCUCAGGGGCUGGGAGAUAUUAUAGAUAUUGAUCCAUUGAUCGAUGAUUACUCUGGAAGUGGAGGCAAAUAUCUGAAAGAUUUUCAGAACAAUAAGCAUAGAUACUUGCUAGCCUCUGAGAAUCAACGCCCUGGCAAUUUCUCCACAGCACCCAUGGGGUCCCUCACUUCAUCUCCGUCUUCCUGCUCACUCAGUAGUCAGGUGGGCCUGACAUCAGUGAGCAGCAUUCAGGAGAGGAUCAUGUCUACACCUGGAGGAGAGGAAGCCAUUGAGCGCCUGAAGGAAUCAGAGAAGAUCAUCGCUGAGCUGAAUGAAACCUGGGAAGAGAAGCUUCGAAAAACAGAAGCCAUCAGAAUGGAGAGAGAGGCCUUGUUGGCUGAGAUGGGCGUUGCCAUUCGGGAAGAUGGAGGAACGCUGGGGGUUUUCUCACCUAAAAAGACCCCACAUCUUGUUAACCUCAAUGAAGACCCACUAAUGUCUGAGUGCCUGCUUUAUUACAUCAAGGAUGGGAUUACAAGGGUCGGCCAAGCAGAUGCUGACCGGCGUCAGGACAUAGUGCUGAGUGGGGCCCACAUUAAAGAGGAGCACUGCAUCUUCAGGAGCGAGAGGAGCAACAGUGGUGAAGUUAUCGUGACUCUGGAGCCCUGUGAGCGCUCAGAAACCUACGUGAACGGCAAGAGGGUAGCCCAGCCCGUUCAGCUCCGCUCAGGAAACCGUAUCAUCAUGGGUAAAAACCAUGUUUUUCGUUUUAACCACCCUGAGCAAGCACGGGCUGAGCGGGAGAAGACUCCUUCUGCUGAGACCCCCUCCGAGCCCGUGGACUGGACAUUUGCCCAGAGAGAGCUCCUGGAGAAGCAAGGGAUUGAUAUGAAACAGGAGAUGGAGAAAAGGCUCCAGGAAAUGGAGAUCCUUUACAAAAAGGAAAAGGAGGAAGCAGACCUUCUGUUGGAGCAGCAGAGACUGGACUAUGAGAGUAAAUUGCAGGCCUUGCAGAAGCAGGUUGAGAUCCGAUCCCUGGCUGCAGAAACAACUGAAGAGGAGGAAGAGGAGGAAGAAGUCCCUUGGACACAGCAUGAAUUUGAUUUGGCCCAAUGGGCCUUCCGGAAAUGGAAAUCUCACCAGUUUACUUCAUUGCGGGACUUACUCUGGGGCAAUGCCGUGUACCUGAAGGAAGCCAAUGCCAUCAGUGUGGAGCUGAAGAAGAAGGUCCAGUUCCAGUUUGUUCUGCUGACUGACACACUGUACUCCCCUUUGCCACCUGAACUCCUUCCCACCGAGGUGGAAAAGACUCAUGAGGACAGGCCUUUCCCUCGUACAGUGGUGGCAGUAGAAGUCCAGGAUCUGAAGAAUGGAGCGACACAUUAUUGGUCUUUGGAGAAACUUAAGCAGAGGCUGGAUUUGAUGCGAGAGAUGUAUGACAGGGCAGGUGAGAUGGCCUCCAAUGCCCAAGACGAAAGUGAAGCCACCAUGACCGGCAGUGAUCCAUUCUAUGAUCGGUUCCACUGGUUCAAACUUGUGGGAAGCUCCCCCAUUUUCCACGGCUGUGUGAAUGAGCGCCUUGCCGACCGCACACCCUCCCCCACUUUUUCCACGGCCGACUCCGACAUCACUGAGCUGGCUGACGAGCAGCAAGAUGAAAUGGAGGACUUUGAUGAUGAGGCAUUCGUGGAUGACACCGGCUCUGACGCAGGGACGGAGGAGGGAUCAGAUCUCUUCAGUGAUGGGCAUGACCCGUUUUACGACAGAUCCCCUUGGUUCAUUUUAGUGGGAAGGGCAUUUGUGUACCUGAGCAACCUGCUGUAUCCCGUGCCUCUGAUCCACAGGGUGGCCAUUGUCAGCGAGAAGGGUGAGGUGCGGGGAUUUCUGCGCGUGGCCGUGCAGGCCAUUGCAGCGGAUGAAGAAGCUCCGGAUUAUGGCUCUGGAAUUCGACAGUCAGGAACAGCUAAAAUAUCUUUUGAUAACGAGUACUUUAAUCAGAGUGACUUUUCCUCAGUUGCAAUGACUCGUUCUGGUCUGUCCUUGGAGGAGCUGAGGAUUGUGGAAGGGCAGGGUCAGAGUUCUGAGGUCAUCACUCCUCCAGAGGAAGUCAAUCAAAUGAAUGACCGGGAUUUAAAGUCAAGUACUUUGCUGGAUGGUAAGAUGGUGAUGGAAGGGUUUUCCGAAGAGAUUGGCAACCACCUGAAACUGGGCAGUGCCUUCACCUUCCGAGUAACAGUGUUGCAGGCCAGCGGGAUCCUCCCAGAGUAUGCGGAUAUCUUCUGUCAGUUCAACUUCUUGCAUCGCCAUGAUGAAGCAUUCUCCACUGAACCCCUCAAAAACAACGGCAGAGGAAGCCCUCUGGGCUUUUACCAUGUGCAGAAUAUUGCGGUGGAGGUCACAGAGUCAUUUGUGGACUAUAUCAAAACCAAGCCUAUCGUAUUUGAAGUCUUUGGGCAUUACCAGCAGCACCCACUUCAUCUGCAAGGACAGGAGCUUAGCAGUCCGCCUCAGCCUUCUCGACGAUUCUUCCCUCCACCCAUGCCACUCUCCAAGCCAGUUCCAGCCACCAAGUUAAACACCAUGAGCAAAACCAGCCUCGGCCAAAGCAUGAGCAAGUAUGACCUCCUGGUUUGGUUUGAGAUCAGUGAACUGGAGCCUACAGGAGAGUACAUCCCAGCUGUGGUCGACCAUACUGCCGGCGCGCCCUGCCAGGGCACAUUUCUGCUUCAUCAGGGCAUCCAGCGAAGGAUCACAGUGACCAUAAUCCACGAGAGGGGGAGUGAGCUCCACUGGAAGGAUGUCCGGGAGCUGGUGGUAGGCCGGAUUAGAAAUAAGCCCGAGGUGGAUGAAGCUGCGGUCGAUGCCAUCCUCUCCCUAAAUAUCAUCUCUGCCAAGUACCUGAAGUCUUUGCACAACUCCAGCAGGACCUUCUACCGUUUUGAGGCCGUGUGGGACAGCUCCCUGCAUAACUCCCUUCUCCUGAACCGAGUGACGCCCUACGGAGAGAAGAUCUACAUGACUCUGUCAGCCUACCUGGAGCUGGACCACUGCAUCCAGCCCGCGGUCAUCACCAAGGACGUGUGCAUGGUCUUCUAUUCCCGUGACGCCAAGAUCUCGCCACCGCGCUCUCUGCGCAGCCUUUUUGGCAGCGGCUACUCGAAGUCGCCAGACUCGAAUCGAGUCACUGGAAUUUAUGAACUCAGCUUAUGCAAAAUGGCAGACACAGGUAGCCCAGGCAUGCAGAGACGGCGGAGGAAAGUGCUGGACACCUCGGUGGCCUACGUGCGUGGGGAGGAGAACCUGGCCGGCUGGCGGCCCCGCGGGGACAGCCUCAUCCUGGAGCACCAGUGGGAGCUGGACAAGCUGGAGCAGCUGCAUGAGGUGGAGAAAACGCGCCACUUCCUGCUGCUGCGUGAGAGACUUGGCGACAGCAUCCCCAAAUCCCUGAGUGACUCGUUGUCCCCCAGCCUCAGCAGCGGGACCCUCAGCACCUCCACCAGCAUCUCUUCUCAAAUCUCAACCACCACCUUCGAAAGUGCCAUCACCCCCAGCGAGAGCAGUGGCUAUGACUCGGCGGACAUCGAGAGCCUGGUGGACCGGGAGAAAGAGCUGGCCACCAAGUGCCUACAGCUGCUCACCCACACUUUCAACCGAGAGUUCAGCCAGGUGCACAGCAGCAUCAGCGACUGCAAGCUGUCUGACAUCUCGCCAAUGGGACGCGACCCCUCCGUGUCCAGUUUCAGCAGUGCUACCCUCACCCCGUCCUCCACAUGCCCCUCUCUGGUCGACUCCAGGAGCAACUCUGUAGAUCAGAAGACCCCAGAAGCCAGUUCCCAGGCCUCCAGCCCCUGCACAGAAUUUGAGCAGUUUCAGAUCGUCCCAGCUGUGGAAACACCCUAUUUGGCCCGAGCAGGAAAACAUGAAUUUCUCAAUCUCGUUCCAGAUAUUGAAGAAAUCCGACCAGGCUCAGUGGUCUCUAAGAAAGGAUACCUGCAUUUCAAGGAGCCGCUUUCCAGCAGCUGGGCCAAGCACUUUGUCGUGGUCCGUCGCCCAUACGUCUUCAUCUACAAUAGCGACAAGGACCCGGUAGAACGUGGAAUCAUUAACCUGUCCACGGCCCAGGUGGAGUACAGUGAGGACCAGAAGGCUGUGGUGAAGACGCCCAACACCUUUGCUGUGUGCACAACGCAUCGCGGGGUCCUCCUGCAGGCUCUCAAUGACAAGGACAUGAACGACUGGUUAUAUGCCUUUAACCCCCUCCUUGCUGGCACGAUAAGGUCAAAGCUGUCCCGGAGACGCCCGAGCCAGCCCAAGUUCUGAGCGCUCUGUGGAGCCUCCACGCCUUGGAGAGAUAAAGCAAGCUUCCUCUCUUUGUGGUUCUUGAUGGUUGCUCUUGUAUGUAAUCCUGUGGUUUAACUACUUUCCCUCCUUGUCUGGCACUUUUUCUACUACUCUCCUGUCCCCAUCUCCAUGGCUCUGUACUCUUCUUUCUUCUUGUGCUGAGAAUCUUGUUAGUAGCAUGUGGCCUAACAAAAGGAAAACAGAUUUUUAAAAAUCAGAACCCACACACGCGCACACACCAGUGAGGAUGUCCACUGAAUCACCCCGUGGUGCACUUGGGCUUCCUGUCAUGUGACAGCACUGGUGUCUGUCAUUUGGGGUACCUGUCUCUUUUUCAGGGUAACUUUUUCUUCUUUUCUCUGUGAUGUCACUUUAGUUUUUCUUGGGUGGCUUAGAGACAAGAGGGGAGCAUCUGGGGAAGAAACUUACCUUUCCCCUGCCGUCUCCCUUGGCCGCAGCCCAGCCCUGCAUUUCCAUCAGGGAGAAGGUCAUGCUGAGCUCAGACACAGAUGGUCAUCUUCUGGUCAUGUGGCUUCCGUAGGAGGUGGUUAUGGGGUUUCACAGAGUAGAAGAGACGAGAGGCCUUAGCAGGCCUGGGACAGUGGUUGCUAUUGGUCCCUGAGCCAGGAUGACCCCAGAUCGGGACACAGGAUGUGGCACGGCCAUGGAGGUGGCAGGUCAGAGGAUGCCCGCCUUCCCCACAGCAGGGUCCUGCAGACCCCUUUUGUCCUGUGAGAAGGGAGCUGCCCCAGGGGCCUGGGGUGUCACGUAUGUGAGCUACGCGGGGGAGCGCAUGCUGUCUGUCCCCGUUGUCCCCCCCAACCCCCACCCCGUUACUGCAGUGGCCCUUGCUGACAGUGUUUCAGCUCCUUCCCUCCAUCAAGGAAGUGCAGCUCCCAGCAUAGCUCUGAAGUCCUGGCGUGCAGGGGCGAUUCGCAGUCGCGCAGCUCCCUGGGCUCAUCAGAGAGCACACGCGGCAGCCUUUGCUGUCUGGACCCCAGGCUGAGCCAACCCCACUGCCACUCUGCACUGCAGAAGGUGGCCCAGCUGGGGCCCUGCCCGCGUUUCUGUGAUCGUCCUGCACUCUGGCUCUCUGUUGUCCUCUCCUCCAUGUGGCACAGAGAUGCUGCCCACAAAGUAAGGAGAGCUCGCUGCCAUCAGCCGUCUCCUUUUUAUCUGCCAGACCCGGUCCUCUGGCCUCAUAGAGGCUGUGCUCUUCGGCUGCCCUGGGUUUCACGGGGGCCUUGGCUUAGGGCAGCUGCUGUGCCCGUGACACAGGUCCUUUCGUGCCACCUUGCCCUGCUCCCUGUCCCCACCACCUUGCUGUCAGGAAGGCAGCCACUCCUCUCAGCUCCUGGCCGCGUGUUCUGAUGGCGCUGGGCUGCUUCUGGUGGAGCUGGAGUGCCCCACAGAGCCAUCUCGGGACCGCGCACCAGCACCGCCUGGCCAAUAGAGGAAGGGGCGUCUGGGAGCUGCAUGAAGAAAGGGCAGGAGUCAGCUGGGUUCCGAUGGAGAGUGAGCAACAGAAAGUGGUGGAUUUUAUCUUUCUGCUGAAAGAAUAGGUCACUAACUGUAACGCUAUUUCCUAAGUGUAUGUGAGGUUCUUAAAGUAGCUCGCUGUCCAUGUUCUCCAACAGACGCGGUAUGCCCUUCUGUGUCUGUGGAAACCAGCAGGAUCUGCUUUCAGCAGCUUCCUGGGCUUUAACUAAAUCUAAAUCUGACUUCAGGGAAACGAAGGUGAAAUUUGAAGGUCACUUUUAAAUUAAAUCACUGACAUUGCUGUUGUGAAGUUGGACCUUAGGAUCUAUGGCUGGGUGGGCUGGGGGACAGACGUGCGAUGCACUGAAAUCACUUUUGUGUUAUCCUCUAAUGCAAACGAAAUUGGUUUGGAAAGUCUUUGCUUUGUGAGUGUGAGACGCAAGGAGCAUCGAGCUGCCUGUCCUGCCUCCUACUCCCGCUGGUCCGUGGGAGGGAACGGCCAGGCCUGAGGGUCUCAGCUCUGCCGCAGCCCAGCCUCGGACUGGAUGAGUGGCCAGAAGUCUUCAGAGGCACUGUAGGAAAUUUGACAACCCUACUCUAAGGAAACCACCUUGGGAGGGAGUGUUCUAUUUUUUCUCCUUUAAAGAAGAGUACAGAGAGACAGGAAAGAGAACUCUUAGGCAGAUCAAGGGUGAGUGCUAGUGAACACUAAUCAUCUCUUCCUUCUCUUAACAACUCACGCUCCUUUCUUCCACCAAAGCGAACGUGGUCUCACAGGCAACCCUGCCAGUGCCCAUCUGCGCCAGAGUCGGUCAGCUCCGGCCGGGCUGUGUGGGGCCGGCCAGCCCCUCGUAGUCAGAGCAGGGACUGCUCAGAGGCCUUGGUCCCCACAGGACACCACCAUUGCACCACCACACCCACUUCAGCCACGUCGUCCUAUUUUGGCUGGGUUUUCAGCUUAUUUAGAUGAAGGAACGAAUGAGUCAUCGUCAAAGGUCUUCUGGGAUCUGAAACAGGAUGAAUUCUCCCGGCACAUAUUUCAACGCAAAGACUUUGUUGCCUGCUGCUGGUCGUCUGGUUUACAGGGAUCUUUAGUUUGUCAGGUGUGUUUAGUUGCACGGCUGUAACUGACUGCACGCUGGGCCGGCAGAGGGCGCCCUGGCGCUGGCCCUGCACCCUGCGGCCUGCGCUCCCAGACUCAUUUAUGAGGUUGGCCUCUGAGCCCUGUGCAACCUUAGGGAGCCCCAUGUCGGUUAAAGGAGGAAAUGCAUUCACACAGAAUUUAGCCAGGGCUGGGAUGAGCUUGCCGCUGGUGCUCUGUCCCCAGGGCCUCAGGGCGACUCUGCCGGGCCGCUGUCCACUGCAGGCUGUCCCCGUGUCUCCCCUUCGUCCUUCCUGUGCUGCGCGUCAGACAUGGAAGGCACAACCUUGCCUCCAUGGCGCUGCAGUGCCUGUCUGUCGAGACCCAGUCUUGUCACCAUCCUCACACUGUCACAGAACCCCAUGAUGCAUAAGUGGCCUUUCUGAACCAAGACUUUGCAGACUGAUCUCUCCCCAGCGAAGGAGUUGAGCACAUUAGCAACAAUGUACAUUAUUAGUUUCGGAUUUUCAUUUUCAUGUUUGAUUUUGUAAAUACUCUGAUGUUUGGAGCUUGAGUAUACAGAGUGUAAAUACAGUUCUUGUAUUUGUACCGAUUUGGGUUCUUUUGCUGCCUAGCCUUAGAUGUGCAACGCGGACAUUAUCUAACUGUGUAUGGUAACCUUGCAUCACGGAGUUACUAGUGAACGAGGUAAAAAUAAUAAAGGUACAACCAGU